AAACCUGGCUGCCUCGUAGGAAAGGGGCUGGAUUCGCUGCCGUGCGAGGAGGGGGAGCAGGUUGAAACAAUCGAGUGGGCGCGCCAGGACUCCCCGGCUCCAGGCGGGGAGGGGAGGGGGAGCCCCGGUUCUGCGCAGGGAGGGGGCGGAGUUGGGGGCCCCCAAGAACAGGAGGAGGCGGGGGUGGCCGUAGAGAUGGUUAAGUGUUCAGCCCCGGGAGGCGAGAUAGCAUUCGGAUCGCACAUUAAUUGGAGAUAUCUGAUUAAUUCCAGCGUCUGAUGACUAUAAAUGGCGAUUCUCUACCAAGGUGUCUAUAUUAAAAAAAAAAUCAUUCCGUGUCAUCCCCCACGUCAGGCCUGCUCGUGGGCGUGAGGCAGUGCUUCCUCCGCCCCCUCCUAAUGGAGUGAACCAUUCCCAGCUCUUCCCCCCCCCAGCCUCUCUCUCUUUCUCUCUCUCUCACUCUCUCUCUUUCGGUCUCUUCCCCAAUCCCUCUCUUUCUCUCCUCCCUCUGCCUUCCCCGUGCAUAAAGUCGCGGUCGUCCUCGGAACUUGUUGGCAAUGCCUAUUUUUCAGCUUUCCCCCGCGUUCUCUAAACUAACUAUUUAAAGGUCUGCGGCCGCAAAUGGUUUGACUAAACGUAGGAUGGGACUUAAGUUGAACGGCAGAUAUAUUUCACUGAUCCUCGCGGUGCAAAUAGCUUACCUGGUGCAGGCCGUGAGAGCAGCAGGCAAGUGUGAUGCAGUCUUUAAGGGCUUUUCGGACUGUUUGCUCAAACUGGGCGACAGCAUGGCCAACUACCCGCAGGGCCUGGACGACAAGACAAACAUCAAGACCGUGUGCACAUACUGGGAGGAUUUCCACAGCUGCACGGUCACAGCCCUUACGGAUUGCCAGGAAGGGGCGAAAGAUAUGUGGGAUAAACUGAGAAAAGAAUCCAAAAACCUCAACAUUCAAGGCAGCUUAUUCGAACUCUGCAGCAGCGGCAACGGGGCGGCGGGGCCCCUGCUCCCGGCCUUCCCCGUGCUCCUGGUGUCUCUCUCGGCAGCUUUAGCGACCUGGCUUUCCUUCUGAGCCCGGGGGCCAGCUCUACCCCCGCCCCCACCCUCCCCUGUCCCGCGUGCGCGCACCCACACUCACUCCAUGCUCCCAGAAAUCGAGAGGAAGAUCCAUUCGUUCUUUGGGGACGUUGUGAUUCUCUGUGAUGCUGAACACAUUCAUAUAGGAUUGUGGGAAACCUUGAUUCUCUUUUUGAUUUCGUUUGAUUCCUUGUUUGAUUUGUCAAAUGGUACCCAUCAGUAAGCAAGCAAGCAAGCACAGCCCAAAUCGGACCUCAGAUUUAGUCCGUCUUCACAUUAAAGUAAGAAAACGGCAAACUCACCCCCAUUUAAAAAUUUUAUUUUCUUAAAUUUUUUUUUGGCAAAAGAAUCUCAGGAACGGCCCUGGGCCACCUACUAUAUUAAUCAUGUUAAUAACAUGAAAAAUGAUGGGCUCCUCCUAGCACUAGGAAAAGCGUGGAGAGGAGAAGGCCAGGGGAAUGGAUUCAAAAGAGAUGACCACGUGGGAAGCAUAUGGUGAAUAAUUCACUCUCACGUCUUUCUUCCACAGUACCUUGUUUUGAUCAUUUCCACUGCACAUUUCUCCUCCAGAUAACGUGAAAAGACAGAUUGUGGACUUUGGGUUUGAAAGAUAGGAGAUAGAGAGAGGAAAGGAGUCGAGGCAACUCUGGCGUAGUGGUGGUUAUCAGAAGAUGAUGCUAAGGUCACUGUUAUUGUUGAUGUAUCUUUCAAGUCCACUGCCUUUAUGUUCCCUCCUCUCUCUUGUUUUAGCUGUUACACAUACAGUAAUAACUAAAUAUCCAACGGUAUAGAUCACAAGGGGGGCGUUCAAUGUUAAUCUAAAAAUAUAGUUUAAAAAGAUUUUGACAUAAAAAGAGCCUUGAUUUUAAAAAAAGAGAGAGAUGUAAUUUAAAAAGUUUAUUAUAAAUUAAAUUCAGCAAAAAAAUUUGCUACAAAGUAUAGAGAAGUAUAAAAUAAAAGUUAUUGUUUGAAA